UACCUGAACAGCUGAUUUCUCCUGAUGCUGAUAAAACCUUGUCAACCUCGAGUAAUACAUCCCCUGAUUCUUCUGUUAUUUUAACCUCUCCGCCACAACCUGUGGGCAGUAAGACUGUCAACAACCUUAAAUAAAAACAGCAUUAUAUCAUAUAUACAGAUCCCAGCAUAGCGAUGUCUGCCAGCUUUGAUGAGUCCUCCAACCUUGUAGAUGUAACUUCCCCAACAACCACAGAAGACUUCAGUAAACUUACUGUUGAUGCUCAUCCUUCAGACAAAUCUGAGUCUCAUGAUAAAUCGAAAGGAUUUGGAUUUAUAAAGAAACGUGCCAAGUCACCAUUUAGAUCUCCUCUCAAAUCACCUCUUAAAUCUCCUCUCAAGUCACCUUUCAAAUCCAAGUCAAGUAAACUGCCCAGUAAAGAUGCUCAUAAAGAUCCCCUCAAAGAAACGUUUAAAGACACUUUCCUUGAUGACGUGAAAGAUGUUCCAGACAAGGAUGCUGUCGAUAAAAAAUCAGAUGACUGGCAAGCCUUCCAGCAAAUGCAAGAUAGAAUUAAACAAAAUGUUCUAAAGACUCAGACUAGUUUAAAUAAAUUGUCAUCCGAUAACUCAGAGACUUCCACUGGUAAUAAUAUCAACAACGAAAAGCGCCAGAAACUUGAUGAAUCUUUCUGGUCAAGUUUUGAUGACACUUCUUCCUUAAUUCCUCCAAGUCCACAUGGUGUUAAUAAAGAAAAAUCGUCUGAUCAGAACUCUGAGCUCAGUGUAGCAAACUUCCCAAACCUCAAAGUCACACCGACCCCCUCACCAAGAGGAACACCCUGUCCCCCUGCCAACAGUCUUCGCACCAGCAUGGAAAACCUUAUGGGUGAUGACCCUGUAGGGAGUAAGGAUGAGGUGGCGGACCUUCUCGGACUGACCAGUGACCCCACAGACACUGACCAGGCUCCUGCUGACUCAACCUACUUAAUGAAUCAGGAUUUGCUUGGUCUUGAUAACAUUCUGUCAUCAACAGGCGAGUCACAGCAUGGCAGCAGCAUGUGUAGCAGUUUUGAUGGCUCCGACAUGGUGUUUGGAACAGUUUCCCAUAGUGAAAGGUCUUCUCAAAGAUCAACCCCAUUGGGUUUUGACCCUUGGGAGGAUGACCAGCGAAUCCCAAUGGGAACACUUUCUUCAACUUUUGUUAGCAGCAUGGUUGAUGAGUUUCUACAGCUGGACACAAUGAAGGAAGUUUCUCAAGCUGAUCUGAAUCCAUUUGAUUCUUCUGGGGACAAACCAAAGUCAAACAUUAUUGCUUCCCUUGAUCCAUUUUCUGCUAAAAAGGUGAAAGAGAAAGCACCUCUCCCACCUACAAAUAGAGAGGUUUUGCCACAACCUACCACAGAUGUCCUGUCACAAAGUUCUGAAAUUCUCCCACCAACAUCGCAAAACUUUCUCCAUCAAACUGAAUCCGAUAUUGUGCCACCAGCAGACAAACAGUUUCCUGCCCCAUUACCUAUAGACUUCAGUCAGGCAUUUGGAGGAAGUGUGAAUCUGUCAGAUGAGGCUGCUUCCUCACAUUUUGAUGCCUUUAGUCAGUUAGGUGAAGACUUACUUCCUCCAGCUGUUGUCCCUACAGAGGUCAGUACCUCUGCUGAUUUCCUUCAGGGAUUUGAGGGUACAGAAAAUGAUAGCACAGAGAUUAAGGAGGGAUUUUCCCAUAUAAUGCCAGUGGAAGUGUAUGAUAAUUUAGGAUUUGGUGUCACAGACCCUUCCAAAGAUCCCCAAGUUGAUGAACAGGAUGGCGGAGACCCUCCAGAGCCUCCAAGUGAUGUGACAGCUGCCAACAAUCCAUUCCUUACAUCAGACAUUGGUGAGCAGCCACCAGUGAACUCUGACCUAUUUGAUGACAACUUCUUUGAAACCAAAGGUGCUUCUCAGCCCCAAUAUUCUCAGGAUGCAUUUUCAAACAUCUGGGGAAAUGCUUCCUCUGAAAAUGUAGGUCAAAGCAUUAAUCCAUUUCAGGAAGAUUUCUUCUCAAUUGACAAAAUUCCAGAUACUAAAUCAGAUUUUCCAGGAGAAGCUUCAGACAGCUUUUCCACCAGUACUAGCAAUAACCCUUUUCUUCAGGAUGAUCCAACUGCUGUUUUCUCAACAGUUCCCACAAUGUCAAAUGCUAACCCAUUCUUAGACGAUACUGCACCAACCACUAAGACUGAGCUCUCUGACAUAGACAGCUUUCUACUUGGUAAUGCUUCUGCAGAAAAAGGCCCACAGACUGUCAAAUCCCCAACACUUGAUGAUUUUGAUCCUUUUGGAAUGUCUGCCCAGAGGGCAGAGGAGAAUCAAUUUGACCAAAUUGUACCAGAGGAGGGAGCUUCUGAGGACGCAUUUACCGCAGUGGCAACCUCUGGUGAGGAUCAGCUGGUCCAGCCUGAUGAUGAUGAGGAAGAUAAUACAUUUAUGCUAGAGAUAAAACCAGUGAAACCAAACAGCUUGGGAUCAAUUAGGUCAUCUGAACCCCCACCAGCACUUAAACCCCCUCCCAGACCCCCGCGGUCUCCCCAGCCCCCAAGGGAAAACCCCUUUAACAGGGACUCUCCUCCUGAGGAGAACUUUGCUGAAUUUGAGAUUCGUGGUGGGGAUGAUACUCCUCGAGAGAAGGACAGCAAUUUGGAAAGUCUGCCAAGCUUCUCAACAGAGGACAAUACUCCAGAAGAGGAGCUUGCAGCUCUUCCUCCCCUGGAUCCUUUCUAUCCCAAUACAGACCAAGACGUCUGGAGUCUGAUGCUGAGGCAACCCACUAAAAAGAAGCUUACCACAAACCGAUUCUGGAAGCAGGUAUAUGUGAAGCUAGUGAAGCAGAAGGAUGGGCCUGUCCUGAAAGUGUACCAAGAAAAGGAUGACUCAGAUGCUUUUACUGAACUGAUUCUCCAACCCUGCUACUCCAUAUCUGAGGUGUCUCUCCAACAGUAUGAUCAGUAUGGAAAAAUCUACACAGUUAAGGUCCAGUACAUCUUCUAUAGAGAGCGGGUCGGUCUGCGUGCUGAGAGGAUCACACCAGCCUUUGUAAAGAAGCCAAAGGCUACUAUGAUUCUUGCUCAUGCUCCACAGGUAUCUGAAAUGCUCAAAUUUGGCAGUUUAGAUAAAGAGGAAAUCUCAUCAUUUGUACGUGAAGUGGAGAAUGCAUUAAUGAACAUGGAGGCUCGGCGUGAAAAGACACUUACUUAUAUCAAGGAUGAGGCCUGUGCUGAAGUGUGGGAUGAAUAUAAAGCAGAAUUGGACAAACAGGGCAGGAUUAUAACUCAGAAGGCACGUGUGAGGGCUUUCUUUCUUGCCUUUGUCACUGGCAUGCCAACAUGUGAACUUGGAUUAAAUGACAAACGGAGGCGAGGCAAGGAGGUAGUAGGUCGUCAUGACAUCAUCCCCAUAAAGACAGAGGAGUGGAUUCGUCUGGAGGACGUGCAGUUUCAUUGCUGUGUUGAUCAAAAUGAGUUUGAAAAAACAAAUAAUAUAAAAUUUCAUCCUUUGGAUGCUUGUCAGUUUGAACUGUUACGAUAUCGUGUUCGUCUACGUGAAAACAAAGAAUUGCCUUUACAGCUCAAAGUUCAACAAAUUUUAAAGGAAUCGAAGGUAGAAAUCCGUUGUGACAUACUUGUAACUGGCUAUCACUCCUUCAGUAAAAAGCAUGGACAAUUUCCUUGUGAGGACAUUGAGAUUCGCUUUCCUAUUCCGGAGCAAUGGGUGUACCUAUUUCGUUAUGAAAAACGGUUUGGUUAUGGUGCAUUUAAGUCAGCAACUCGCAAGCCAGGUAAAAUCAAGGGCUUGGAGCGGAUCACAAUGAUUGCCCAGGGACUGCUGACACCAACACUGAUGGAGGCUGAUGUAGGCGUAGCUAAGUACGAACACCUGUACAAGGCUGUAGUGUGGAGGAUCUCCCGACUCCCAGAGAGAAAUGAAGGAGCAUACAAGAGUCACCUGUUUAGAAUGACUUUGGAGUUCGGACCACAUGAUGAAAUUCCAGAUAAUUUUGAAUCACAUGCGGAAGUGGAGUUUACAAUGCCCUCAUGUACAGUGUCUCAGUCUCAGGUCCGCUCCAUCUCUGUGGAGAACCCCAAUCCUCCAGACAAGUGGGUUCGCUACAUUGCCAAAUACCAGUAUCGUAUAGAGAUUGACCACAUCAAUGAAGUGGACAAGGCCAGUCCUGGCAGUGAUAACUGACCAGUAAUCUCUUUUACAAACUGACCAGUUGUGACCUCAAACUCACCUUGGGUACAGAAGUAUAAGACAACUUGAUAUGUGUAAGAGAGAUAUCCCAGAUUGUGAAUGUCAGAGUGAGGACUACCAAGUUAUACAAGGUAGACCUAAAACAUGUACCUCAGAUGUGGUCUGCCUGAGAAUGUGUUUUGAGGAAUGGAUCAUUCGAUUCAUGUGUACCAGCAAAAUUUACCUUAAAAGGUGAUGAAGGAUCACAGGGUACUAGAAUAAGUUGGCCAAGUUCGGUUAUGAGUUAAGUGUACUGGGAUAAGUUACCUUAGUUCAGGGGCUAGGGUUUUAAAGUACCCCAAUAAGCCAAUAGAUGUAGGGUAUGAAGCGAUAUUGCGUUGAGAAUUAUGUCAGUGUUUGCCAACCUAUUCUCACCAAGUGCCCAUUCUCGCCACAACCUAGAUGAUGAUUAAUGUCUCUGUAUCACCACAUUAUCAAUGAUAGGUAGGAGUGGCCUGAAGAAUGUACCUGAUGAGAAUGGGCAGUCAGUGUGCCUCAACGCUCACAAUGGAAUUUCUACUUUUUCAUUUUUCAUUAUUUUUGUCUUUCUACAUAGGGAAGAGGUAUGUGCAUUGAUUUGGUUAUUUUUUCUAUAUGAGAUCUGCUUUUACUUCCACAAAUAAGAGAGAAAUAGAUCUGUCUUUACCAUUAUCAUAUACAUAUAAUGUCAUUUUACUAAUAUAUAAUAUGCUAUGUAUAGUUAUAUUUGACUUUAUCAAUAUAUAAUAAACCUUUGACAUUAUCUGAUACUGGCUACGCUGUUUAUGCGAUGGAAAACCCACCUCCAAUAUAUUGUUGAUUCUUUGUUUUUAUGUAUAUGUUAUUAUUCACUGUAACAUUCAUGUAGACGUUAUUGUCUAUAAAACUGACAUUAAGCUAAAGUUAUAUAACAAAUACUGGACAGAAUAGAUAAUAUGAGAUGGUAGUGUUAUUGAGUGUAAGGUGAACCAUUUUACUGUGUAUAGUCAGCAGUUUAUGGCAGGUGUCGUUCCAUUUUGUGUGUCUUACAGAAUUUCUAUGGUAUCUUUAUUUGGUUUAACCUAAUGAUUUUACAUUUAGAAAUGAUAGGUUAGUUGUAUAGGCAGACUGCAUAUCAUCACAGCGAUAUUUUAUUUGAUGAAUGCAAGGGAGGUAACUAUAUAUAUUUACAGCCCUAAAAGUUCACCUAUUACAGGUUAGGUUUAACCCGACAAAAAUGGCAAGUUGUAAGUUUGGCAGUUAAGUUCAUUCUCAAUAUUUCAUUCUUAAAGUUAAUCAAGUACAAAGGAAGAUAAUUACAUACCCUAUAUCCAGAUUUUCAGGGUAAACAAAUUCAAAGGAGAUAAUUAUCUAACAUAGGUUAACUAAAUACAAGGGAGAUAACUAUAUAACAUAUAUCCAGAUCAUUAAGGGAAGUGUUAACAAAACACAAAAGAGAUAAUUAUAUAUCAUAUAUUCAGAUCUUCCAGGUUACUAAAUACAGGAGGUAAUUAUCUAACAUAAGUUAACCAAAUACAAGGGAGAUAAUUAUCUAACAUUGGUUAACCAAAUACAAGGGAGGUAAUUAUCUAACAUUGGUUAACCAAAUACAAGGGAGAUAAUUAUCUAACAUUGGUUAACCAAAUACAAGGGAGGUAAUUAUCUAACAUUGGUUAACCAAAUACAAGGGAGAUAAUUAUCUAACAUUGGUUAACCAAAUACAAGGGAGGUAAUUAUCUAACAUUGGUUAACCAAAUACAAGGGUGAUAAUCAUAUAACAUGUAUUCAAGUUCUUGAUGGUUACUAAAUACAAAGGUUAUUAUUAUCAAAUAUAGAAUAAUAGAGACAAGGAGAUAACAUAUGAUCAUGGUUUUAAAGUUACAUUUUACCAACCACUAUAUAAUGAUGGCAAGAUGUUGAAUUCACAGGUUGCCUGGAGCUUAACCUGCAUAUUAGCAGAAUCAAUGCAUUGAAUAAACAAAGUCAUUUAUGUAACCAGAUUUAUCAUUUUACUAAAUCUACCCUGAAGUGGUAUUUAGAAAAUGUUGUAAAUGUUUUCAAGGGAUUGCUUUAAAGUAGUUCAUACAUGUACACCUAAGCGAGAUGUGUGUGAAUAUCAAGGCACCCACAAUUAACACCAAGUGAGAAUGCUUAGUACUAGUAGAGAUGUGUGAUAGAGGACUUCACAGGAAGUGUGUUAGUGGUACUGGAUUAUGUGCAAUAUAGACAUUAACAUUGUUUUGAAUUGAUGUUGAGGUGUGUGCUGUAUAUCACUGUUGAUUGUUACUCUGUGUAAUAUGUUAUUUGUUAUGUUGCCUCAAUGUAAUAAACAUUUUAGGCUUAAUGUGAUACAGUCUUACUCCUGUUUAAAGGUCAUGAUUUGUAAUUAAUAUGGAUUCAUAUCACUUAUCAUGUUUAACAAAAAUCUUACAGCAGUCAAAAUGUACUAAGAUUCUUGAAUUUUCAUGCCAUAAAAAAAUUAAGGAAACUGAUGCUAUUGAACUGAGAAAUGCAUUAAAAGUGUCAACUAAUGAUAAUUCUGAUAAAACAUUGUUGUACAUUUGACUAUGCCUAAAUGAUGUGUGUAAGACAUGUCGACAAUGUUACAUAUUUCACUUUCCUCCAGUGAUUUGUACUAGAAAUAUUAAUAACGUUAUAGUCAUUUCACUAUCCCUAGGUGAUGUGUGUCAGAGAUAUCAACACUGUUAUACAUUUCACUAUCCCUAGGUGAUGUGUGUCAGAGAUAUCAACAAUGUUACACAUUUCACUAUCCCUAGGUGAUGUGUUUCAGAGAUAUCAACAAUGUUAUACAUUUCACUAUCCCUAGGUGAUGUGUGUCAGAGAUAUCAACAAUGUUAUACAUUUCACUAUCCCUAGGUGAUGUGUGUCAGAGAUAUCAACAAUGUUACACAUUUCACUAUCCCUAGGUGAUGUGUUUCAGAGAUAUCAACAAUGUUACACAUUUCACUAUCCCUAGGUGAUGUGUUUCAGAGAUAUCAACAAUGUUAUACAUUUCACUAUCCCUAGGUGAUGUGUUUCAGAGAUAUCAACAAUGUUAUACAUUUCACUAUCCCUAGGUGAUGUGUUUAAGAGAUAUAAACAAUGUUAUACAUUUCACUAUCCCUAGGUGAUGUGUUUCAGAGAUAUCAACAAUGUUAUACAUUUCACAAUUCCAUUGUGGUGUAGUAAUACAAUAAAAGGUAUGUUUAUAAUCUUUUUUACAAAGUAUGCAUGUAGUUAUCAAAUUCAAAUCAUUUUUUACAAAAAGUACUUAAAGUAUUGUUUGAUUUGAAUCAGAACAUUUCAUACAUAUUGUAAUAUUCACUAUGGUAUGUAUUGUUAAUGCUGUUACCCAUACAUGCACAAAGUAUGUCAUAUGACCUCUUGUUAUACAUACUUGCAUGUGGUGUUAGUGUAUUAAUUAAUCAUAAUGAAAUUAGGUCGUGGCUGUAGUAGUGCAUCAGUGAUAUCAGGUCACAAUAGGUAAUACAUGAAUGUGGUAUGACUUGUGAUAAGUAACACAUGUUUAUGCUAUCUAUAUGAUGCCUGUGUUGUAUAUGAUAUAAAUCAUAGGUAAUAAUGUAGACAUGGAGCAUUACAUGUAUAUAUAACAUUGUGUGGAAGUGAGGUCCUGAUAAUGUAUAGAACUAAUCUAGUGUACGUCAAAGAUUUGUAUGAGAGUAAAUCCCUCUACCAUUAUGAUGUGAGACUAAAGUGUAAUUACAUUGUUGAAUCAUAGUAACCUACAUAUACUAUUGUACAUAGAUUCUAGUGUAGGACUGAGGGGUAGGGAGUGUUUCCUUGGGUAAUACACCUACAUAUUCCCUCUGUUUUACUUACUACAUCAGGAUGUUUAAGAGGGGUGAUUUACCUACACCUUCCUGGUGUUUUACCAGUAUAUGAUGAAGGAAUGUUGCUAUAUGUAAUGACACUAACUGUUCCCCUGUUUUACCUACCAAAAAAUACAGACAUGGAGUGUUGAUGUCCGAAUCCAUUGUCAGCUUGGAGCAGCAACGAAGCAUAAUUUAGUGUCUUUAGUUUUCUUUUCCAUUAGUAAUCAAUAGUGGACAUUUUGGUGACGGUUCGGAGACAUGGCACACUAGACAGACAAGCUACUGCCUGCUUUUACAUUUAUGUUGCCAUUGUUACUACAUGUCCUACAACUACUGCUAGUUUUAUUUUUGUUUUUGUUACAUUUUUGUUGCCAUUUAUACCUAUUUUAUUUACUGUUAUAAAUAUUGUAUACUUAAUUCAGUUAUCUAUUUAAGGAAAUUAAGCACUGAUACAGUUGUAUUACACUAUGAAAUUAUUGACAGUAUUAUUUGUAUCAUUUCACAGAUUCAAACAUCAAUUACUGAUGUUGAGAAUUCAUUAGGUUUUGUUUACUAGACAAAUAUUUAUAUAACCACAUCCUCCAGUAAUUGAAAUACUCAUCGUGUAAUAUAUGACAGUUUGUGACUGGUCACCAUGAUUACCAUUUAAAGGUAUGUCUUUGGAUUCGCUUCUCUUGCAAGAGAUACUCAAGGAGUGUUUGUAGAUGAAAGCUGUCUUCACAAUAACUGUGGUAGCAUUGUGUAUGGACAUAGAUCAGACGACCCGAUAACUACUACAGUAGAGGUCUCUAUGGAGGCUGAUCAGGCACCCUGAAAACCAAUACAGUAAAGUUCUGUAUGGAGGCUGAUCAGGCACCCUGACAACCGAUACAGUAGAGGUCUGUAUGGAGGCUGAUCAGACACCCUGACAACCGAUACAGUAAAGUUCUGUAUAGAGGCUGAUUAGGCACCCUGACAACCGAUACAGUAAAGUUCUGUAUAGAGGCUGAUCAGGCACCCUGACAACCAAUACAGUAGAGUUCUGUAUGGAGGCUGAUCAGACACCCUGACAACCAAUACAGUAGAGUUCUGUAUGGAGGCUGAUCAGACACCUUGAAAACUACUUCAGUAGAGUUUUGUGUGCUGAUGUAAUCUACUCUCCCUGACUUUCUAGAUUAGGUCGUAUUGUAAAAUAUAAUGGCUAGUUUUUCCAGUGUCAUUGUUUGACUUUGGUGAGGUUUGUUUUCCAUUACCCUGUAUAAUCAUUCACACCAAUAGAGUAUGAUCACAAUUUGUAAAUGUGGUAUGACGUAAGUUAAAUAAAUAUAGUAAAUCUG